UUUUACAGCUUUCAGAAACCUGAAGGCCUUAUUCGUUUACUGCGUGCCUUUGCCAUGAAGCCUGGCGAAACCCCCAAGCAAGGACUUGCCAGGCUAUACAGAUGCAUCUGGGCAAUUUUAUGGGUAAGUUGAACAGUGUUCAGACAAUUUCUGAGUUCAGGAUAUUGUUUUUUUUCCGGGUCACUUACCUAGAUCGGAGCGCUCUGUGGAAUGAAACGCAAGUGGUGGGCGCAAGUCACAUAGUCCGUGUUUAGUCCUGGAUUUUGUAGUCAAGCGUAACUUUCAAACACAAAAUUCAUCCCUCUGAAUGUUGAGCAAUAAUAAUUGUUUGUAGUCUCCUCGUUUUGUUCAUGUGUUCCUGUUUGACCAGAACUUGGAGCCUGUAGAUAGUCAAUCUUCCAGCAUCAAAUUGGCUACUUUUCAAUGUCACCAACAGAAGUAUUUAGGUAUUUGUAAAGAUUUGGAUAUUUCCCAAAUGUUCAUGGUCAAAAAGUUAGUGCCUGGAAAUCAAAAGGGUUUCAUACAGUACCUUAGCUCUCCAUCAGGUUGAACAUCCUGCUUCACUGGAGGAAGUGGAUUUUAUUUAUUUGUUAUUGUGGUCCAGUCAUUCCUAGUGCUGCUUUGAACAGUUGCCUCUUUGAUUACAUCUGUAGGUUUUCAGAGUUUGACCACAUAGUACCCCUAAUAAAAUGAUUUCCCUCACAAAGACUCUUUUGGAACUAACUUGUUAAUUUCCUUUGUUUACAUCUCAUAGUUUGGAAGUAAGAAAACCCUAGGGACUGAUGUUGGAAAGCCCCCAUAUGUUUUCCCUUCUACUCGGAAGAGGGUGAUAAGGGAGAUUAUUCCUGGUGCUCUGGUGGACAAACCGGAUCCAACACAUGCACAGGUGAGUGUGAUAUUUGUUAAUUGCAGUCAGUGAUCCUUCUUAAGAUAUACGGAGAAUCAGAAGGUCUGAUAGAUUUUCCUUCCAAAAGUAUGGGGGUAGGUGUUUAUAGGACAACUACAUGUAGAUGCCCUUGCUGUAGGCGAGUGUGUGUCCCUUAGCCACAAUGCCUUCGUUUGAUUCACUUAGUUAUUAAGAUCCAGAGCUUGUAGCUGCUAUACAUUUACAUCAUAUUUCAUCUUCUGUUUCCAGGUUUACAAAGUCAACAUAGGAGACCUUGCCCUUGCUACCUGGCCUGCUGCUAAAUAA